CGCACCACAGCGAGAGCCGUUAAUUACCCGGGGCUAUUUGAAUACCGUCAGAGGCAUAAUCGGCACGCGCAAGACGCCGAUUGGUUGAUCUUCUCGCGCUGUUAUUGGCGGAGGCGGCAAAGGGUGGGCGGGGUUGAGUCGGUGUGUCAGGACCUACUCACUUUCCUUGGAAAGGGAGGGGGGCAGGCAUCCAUGUACGAUGGUUUAACCCGUCCCAUCGCCUUCCCAGGCUCGAGCCCUCUGGCCAGGCCUCUACCGCCGCACGCGCGCGCCCCGCCAGGACCCCGCGGGCUGGCCAAGAUAUUGCCUGAGUCUAGGAGACAGACAGUUGUGCGGGUUACUAGCGCGCCCCAUAAUGCGGCCUAGCACGCCUACCAGAUAUUUGUGAAGAGACGAAGCUCCGUUGGCUGCUGCUAUCCUUUCAGUCCCGGGGGCCCUGGAGGGAUUUCUCUGCCGGCGUUUAAUGAGGAAGGCCGCACACGCCCUGGCGCGAGGGGGCAGGUGUCGGGCCCUGGCGCGAGGAAAAACCCGCCAACUUUCCCGUUGUGGGGAGCGCGGGACUGGGGCGCCCUGUAGUCUCCAUAGCAACCAGGGAGGGUGAUUCUAGGAGAGCGUGCCCCCUCCCGGCGGCACCAGGGCCAAGCGAAGAUGUAGCUGGUGUUACUGCCGAUUGCAGCUUUCUGUCUAGGGUGAUCUUAUUCCCCGUCCCCAUUAUUUGUGAGUGAGGAAAAAAAUGCCAGGUGUAUUACCGACUGACGCUACCGGGCUUUUGAGAGGUAGCCCGUCAAAAAAUAGACUUUCCCUGAAGCUUUUCCAAAAAAAGGAAACGAAAAGAGCACUGGAUUUUACAGAGUCACAAGAAAAUGAACAAAAGAGUUCAGAAUACAGAGAGUCACAAAUUGAUCAGGUUGUUCCUGCAGCACAGCCUCCUUCACCCAUUAGUUGCGAGAAAAAAGACAACAUGCUGCCCUUUGUGGGCUUGAACAAUCUUGGCAAUACUUGUUACCUUAACAGCAUACUUCAGGUGUUAUAUUUUUGUCCUGGCUUUAAAACUGGAGUGAAACACUUAUUUAACAUUAUUUCAAAGAAGAGAGAAAUGUUAAAGGAUGAAGGAGAACAAAAGUCAGACAAGGGAAGUUGUAAAGAAGAUCCUUUGGCAAGUUAUGAACUAAUCUGCAGUUUGCAUUCCUUGAUUCUUUCAGUGGAACAGCUUCAGGCCAGUUUUCUAUUAAAUCCAGAAAAAUAUACAGAUGAACUUGCUACUCAGCCAAGAAGGCUACUCAAUACACUUAGAACUAACCCUAGUUUAGAAGGAUAUCUGCAACAUGAUGCCCAGGAAGUAAUACAGUGUAUCUUAGGUACAUUCAGAAAGGUGUCGAUAUUGAGAAGGAAGAAUGAAAAAUAUGCCAGUGGAAGAGCCUAUAGCUCACUUGAGAAGUCUAAUCAAAAUACUGAAAGCAAUGGCAUUAACAGCCUUGGUGAGGAAAAUGACUAUGCAACAAGCAGUCACACUGCAGAGGAGUCUGAAGACAAACUAUCCAAAGGAAUUGGGAAAAGGAAAAGUGAUACUGAGAGUGGGAAUGCAAAGAAAAAUCUAAAGUUCAAGGAGCAUAAUGCAGUAGAGGAAAAUCAAAGACAGACUAGGUCAAAGAGGAAAGCAACAGCAGAGAAACUAGAAAAUCAUACAGAUGUCAUUGCUAAGUAUUCUAUUGAAAAUGAGAUUGCAAAGCCAACACAGAAGAAAUCACGACUUAGAUUAAACUGGUUUAAGUCUCCAGGCAAACAGCCCAGCAUUCUGUCUAAAUUCUGUAGUGUGGGAAAGCUAGCAAACAUUGGGAUCCAAAAGCAGAUGAAAGAAACUGAUGGCUGUGAGAUUGAAGAAGCAUCUGUAAGUGUGAAAAUGAUUGUGCGUUCAGAGUUAGCUGUUUUUGAAUUAGUGGAGAAACUGUUCCAGGGUCAGCUGGUAUUGAGAACACGAUGUUUGGAGUGUGAAUGUUUUACUGAAAGAAGAGAAGACUUUCAGGACAUCAGUGUGCCAGUACAAGAAGAUGAACUUUCUAAAGCAGACGAGAGUUCUGAAAUUUCUCCAGAGCCAAAAACAGAAAUGAAGACCCUAAAAUGGGCAAUUUCACAGUUUGCAUCAGUAGAGAGGAUUGUGGGAGAGGAUAAAUAUUUCUGUGAAAACUGUCGUCAUUACACAGAAGCAGAACGCAGUCUUUUAUUUGAUAAAAUGCCUGAAGUUAUAACAGUUCACUUGAAGUGCUUUGCGGCUAAUGGCUUAGAGUUUGAUUGUUAUGGUGGACUGUCAAAGAUAAAUACUCCCUUAUUGACACCUCUUAAAUUGUCACUGGAAGAAUGGAGCACAAAGACUACUAAUGAUACUUACGGAUUAUUUGCAGUAGUAAUGCACAGUGGCAUUACAAUUAGCAGUGGACACUACACGGCUUCUGUCAAAAUUACAGAUCUUAAUAGUCUAGAAUUAGACAAGGGCAAUUUCAUUACUGACCAGAUGUAUGAAGCGAUUAAGCCAGAACCACUGAAUGAGGAGGAAGCAAGAGCUGUUGCUGAAGAUUAUGAUGAUGGUGAAGUCUCUUUUAGAGUCAAUGGAAAUGCGCAGUCAAGUAAAACUUUGAGCAAAAAGAAUAUGGAAGCUGUUGGACUCCUCGGAGGACAAAAAAGUAAGUCUGACUGUGACUUGUACAACAACAAAGCAACUAACUCCGAAAAAGUUGUUAAUACACUAACUGAAAAUAAAAAUUUUGAAUCUACCAGUACUAAUGGGAUCUUGGAGUUUGAUAAAAGUACUGAAAAUGGAGAUCAAAAUGGUAUAGCUUUCAGUGGACUAGAAAACAAAGCUUUGUAUGUGUUACAAAGCUUGAAGGAAUAUGAGGGAAAGUGGUUGCUUUUCGAUGAUUCCGAAGUGAAGGUUACAGAGGAAAAGGACUUUCUGAAUUCUCUCUCCCCUACAUCAUCAUCUACAUCAACUCCUUACCUUUUGUUUUAUAAGAAAAUUGUAGAGUGAUACCAUAUUUUGUAAAUAUUACAGAUUUGCAUACACCUGUUGAUAGAUGUGCUUUUUGCAUCAAGAUUACCUUGAUGUAACAGCUGUUUGUCUUUUGAAGCUACUGGAUGAGAUUAUUAUAGAUCUUACAAUUCUGUAUAAACAGCACAAUUUGAAUUAACAAACCAUGUCAUAGAACUUAAACUGCUACUAUAACGUCUGUGCUGCAGACUAGUGAUGUCACACUACUAGGAAUACAAAUUUGUAUAGAUUUUUAAAAGAUGUCCAAAAAUACAGUAGCGGCUUUUAAAUAACUAGUUCUGUUACACCUGACUUGCGUAUUAUUAGCUUU